ACGAAGUAUAUACUCUGUAUAUUUUUUAAUGCACUUUAUUCUUAUAAACAGACUACAUAUUACAUGUAUUUCCGACGAAAAAAAUAUCACUGGCAAAGUAAUGUAAAAUUCUCUUUUUAAAACCCGAAUGGAAUAAUACUGGUGCAUUUCCGUCCGUUCCAUUGGCCUAAAUGUUCACAGAUGCUUUUUCGUCCAUAAUUGACUUUGAUAAUCGAAAUAUCUAGAAAUCACUUUAGGAAUGGUGUGUUGAAAGCUACCAUAUCCAAGAUAUGGAAGAAAAAAUAAUCAUUAUAUUUUAUUUCAUUUUUAAUCUUGAAGUAUUUUUUAAAUACGUAUGUAAAUUAAAUUGAAUGGAUACUUGCCAGGUCUGGCCACAUGAUAACAAAAAAUGCGUUGUUUCUCAUUAUUUUUUCAUUAACCGAAAUUGAAUAACAUACACUUGAGAAAACGGGAUUUUUAAAUGCGAGGUAGCAGUCAAUAUUUUUAGUGAAGCUGAAGGCUUCCUACCAUUUCCUAUUAUCUCUCAAUACCCCUGCAAUAACAGCAGGAUUGGCCAAUUAUCAAAUGAUUAUUACCGUUAGACUACAUCUUUUUUAUAUUAUGCACUGUGACGCUUUCCCUCUAACCUGGCCACUGAGAAGUCCAUAAGCAGAUGGGAACAAACCAUUGUGGUUGUGAAAUCAAGAGAGUUUAAGAACACGCUUAUGAGCGAUUUUGCGGUUGGAUUACUAUAUUUCGAUUCGCCUAUUUAUCGAUAACAAACGAUCUGUUUAAUAUUGAGAAGUGCAAAAUUCGUUCGAUUGGUCUACCUUAAAACAUUACACUCAAGGAAAGGAGAGGCACAAAGAACUCUAAGCUCUUUCUACUUUGGUUAUUAUUUCGAUAUGAAGAAUAGAGCCAUCUGAAGAAUCGACAAUUCAGCGACGGUCUAGAGAUGAAUGAAACCACAUCAUCAAAUUAGGCGUGUGAAUAUUUUUCAGUGUAAAUCAAUUCUGGAAUUGUUAUGCAGAAUCAAGGAUUUGAGUCAUCCGAGUCGGAAUUCCUGCGCCGACAAGACGACAUCAGCAGAAAGGACAAAGAUAGGCUUUACAAAACCAAUUUCUUUUCUUCUAGAAGAGGGAAUGCACAAGGGAAGGAGAACAGAGGUCUUGUUCUGUCUCCUGGGCACUCUACGAGCAGCUUGUCAAGCGAAAGCGAGCGAGAUCACAAAGAUAGGAAACCAAGGGUGGAUGAUGAGAGUGGAUGGGUUUGCGUCCCUAAUCUUGGCGUCAGACAUUCAAGGCUUGAGUUACUGACGGCUUUGAAUAAUUACAGCGAUAAUGUGGUAUGUCUGCGGAGACUUUACUUUCAGCAGGCGAUGAACCAGAUUGAAGUUAUGGUGAACCAUGUCCUGGAUAAGGUUCAGCGUACUGACCAAGGGCUAGCGUUCAGACACAUGAGCCCCUCGUGUUUCUAUGAAAUCAAGUCUCAUAAUGAGAUUGACGUCUUCCUGGUUCUAACGAGUUUAUCUCCCGAUGACGUCAUCAUCGAAGAAGUUGAGGAACCCUUGGGUUAUGCUCGGGUAAAAAUGAUUACGUCAUCAGCGAUGGAAGACGUCGAGUCCAUAUAUGACAGCGAGGUUUCGGUACCGGCGUCUCUUAUUCACGCAAUGACGUCACCGGAGUCGUUCCCUAUGACGUCAUCAAUGACAACUCUAAUGAUGUCAUCACCAACAGUGCUGUCGGAAGAAAGGCAACGGCAAGCGUCGAAUUUGCUAAGAACGUCAUCCCUUACGCCAGUGAUUACAUCACAAGAGGAUACUGUGACGUCAGCAGCACACCAUAAGGACAAUUCAGAGCCUGGUUUGUUGGCGAACUACGUCACCAGCUGUGAAGAAGAUGUCUAUUUGUCAGCGAAAAGAAUAUCUAGAAGGUUUGCAACGCUGGUCAAUAAAGCGCAUGUCGAUGUUUUAAGGGCGAAUUCUGUAGUUUUACCACAGACACAUGAGGUUACGCUGGACUUUGGAAUGAACAAUGAGUCAAACAACAGAGUACACAGCAAAACAAAACAAAAGAAGAAAGUAAGCUUUAAGAAAAGGUCUCCUGUGCCAGAGGCCUUGAAUUCACCUACUAUGACGUCACCACACGUUGCUAUGACGACACCCUACGUCAUAAAUCUGAUCCCCACCAUAGAGUGCCCUCGGCUAUGGCCCAAGUGCGCUUCAUGGCUCAAGACUUGUUCCAGACGGUGGCCGAGCGAAAAGCUGAAACGAAAGAUCGUCACACAAGGCAUUCAUCUCGCCGCUUUACCCCCCUCCAAAAACAGUGAUUUGUGGCAGAUUAAAUUUCUUAACGGACAAAGGGCAUUGAUACACCACGAGGGCAAUGAAGCCAAAGCAAAGUGCCUUAGAAUCGUCAAAGUGCUCUGCGAGGUAGACCUCAGCUACCCCAAAGCGAUCAGACCUCAGUACCUGGAAAAUAUACUUAUGUGGGCAAGCCGUAAGUACUGGAGCGAUUCUGACUGGACGGAGGCUAAUCUACCAGCACGCUUCCUAGAUCUGAUGGCUGGUUUACAUAAGUGCAUGAAGAAUGGUGACUGCCAUGACUUUUUCCUGCCGUCUGUGAAUUUGCUUGAUGAGCUUGGCAACGCCGACCUGAGUGUUCUGUCUGCUAAGAUAAUGGAUGUACUUGUGCAGCCACUUAAGUACCUUGAAAUUUGAUCAUUUAUUGAUCUAAAAAAAUACAGUCGAAGCUCUCGUAAAAGACCAGCUCCGUUAACGACCACAAUUCUCAGUUCCCAAGGUGGUCGCUUAUGAGAGCUUCAACUGUAUGGUAAACUGUUGCGCGACUUCCUUUCAGAAAACUCUUGACCGGAAUUUGAAAAAAAAACUCACGGUGUUCGUCAUGUCGUCGGCAUUGCUCGUAAAUUGUUUGGGUACCUCUCGAGUACCUGCUGUUUAAAAAGGGGUGUGAAGACACGAUAAUAAAUAAAUAUUUCAAUUAAGCAAA